AAUUCGCGCUUUUUUGAAACGCACACUAAUACUUUACUGUUCAAAGGAGCUAUCUGUCUAACAUCGUUAGUGUAUUGGUUGAGUUUAAUUAGUACUGAAAAACUAGCGAAAAUACAUCAGAACAUGUUAAAAGGAUAUCUCAAAGGUGUUGUAGACCUAGUGAACAAUCUAACUGAACCAGCUGGUUCAGACGAAAAUCUAACUUCUGGUGAUACUCCGGAAGUUCUUGGGGAAGGAUUUAAAGAUCAGGAUAACGGUAGUUCCAAUAGACCACGAACACUUAAUUCUGUGCCCAACUCACAGAGCGUUGACAAUUCGGAAUCAAGUAGUGUACUUAGUUGGAUUGGAAGUUUAAUAGCAGCCAAUGGUGAGAACUCCAUGUUGUUCUAUGUGGACUCUCUUGCAUCUAUGGAGAUAAAUCCAAAUGAUGAUAAUGAAAAACAAACUGAUCAGGAAUCUGAAAAAUCAUUAGUUAUAACCGAAGAUAUUUCGAAAAUUGAAGCACCUGAAGUGUCUAAAUCACAAGAAGAUAACAAAUUGAUAACCCAUAAUAUAAAUUGUGAUUGGACGGAUAAAUUUUCAGUCAAAACUUCACAUGUUUGGGAACAGAUUAAAAAGGAUUUUAAUGAAGUUGUUCAUUCUGUCUCUGAACCAAAAGAUAUUGUAUAUCGUACUGCUUUUUCAGUUCGUGAUCGUAUCACAGCUGCUGCAAAUACAGUAAAGAACCUAAAUCCUAAUGAAUUUCUUUUGCCGGAUAAUGAAUCGGAAACUGAUCAACAGUUUACAAAGAAGGGAAAUAUCGUUAAUGAUGACUUAACGGCCUUACCACCGGCGUUGCCUAGCUUCACGAAUAUUAAACAAGAUGUAUCCCAGUUGGUCGAUUCUUUAUAUAAUGGUAUAAUGUCGACUGGCACGUAUUUCGGUUUAAUAACUGGAGAAAAUCAAUGUAAAGAUAAAAGUAAACACCAAACUCGUCUUGAUUUACUUAGAGCAGAUCCUGCAACAUAUGAAUUGGAACCACCAAUGCCUCCAGCAUCGUCUGGUAUACAUUCAUAUCAUGAUUGGAGAUCAGCGUAUUUUGAUGAAGAUAAUUGUCAACCAAUGAAUGGUGUCCUGUUAGCAAAUGCUAAAAGUCAUGAAUAUAGUAAUGUUCCAAUUGAAGAACUUACACAAGCACCACAUCCUAGUCCUGAAGAAUUAUUGGAUUCAUAUCCUUUUAUGCGAACAUAUUUAACUCAACUUGUUCAUCCAGAUGGUAAAAUUAAUGAUAAAUCUAUGAGUGAUGCUGAUUUCUGGUCAAGGUAUUACUAUCGUGUAUGGUUAUUGGAUUCAACUGAAUUUCAUAGAAGAAAACUUAAUGAACGAGUUGAAUUCGUCUCAACUGUCAAGCAAACCAUACCGAAUGAACCUACUCGGUAUGCUAACGAUACCAAUGAAACCUGUAAAAAUCUAAAUGUUACUCAAGAUGAUGAAUGGCCAGAUAGUGAUGAUCAUACAACCGUGGAGAAUGAAUCAGAAAUUUCAAAUGAUGAAUUCAUCACAAAAUUCUGUGAUAAUGAUACUACUAUUACUAGUACCAGAAGUGAUUCGCAGUGCAGUAGUAGAUCUUUCAAUCAAAACAAUAGCAUUGAAAAGAAAAUCCGCCGUAAUAGUGAUAGUAGUAGUAAUAAUAAUGAUAAUGAGAAAUCAAAUCACGAAAGCAAGUCUAAAAGAAAACAUAGUUACAGAAAACCAUUGAAUAAAAGCAAACACUUGAGGAAGUUAAGUUGUAACAAGAAAGAAAACUUGUCGGAUAGUCUUAAACCGGACAAUAUAAAAGUCGAAUGUUCAUCUACUCUACCGGUAAGCAGUCUCAUUUGUAUUAUUUUAAAUAUGGUGAGCAUGUUAAAGUCCUAGAGUUGACAGCAAUUAACGUUACAAGUUAGUAAACUAUGUACAUAUGUAUGCGCUAACUAAUUCGUCACUUACUUGGAAGUGACAGACGUGAUUGUUAUGAUCUUUGAGUUCUUUGAGAAUUCACAGUCGUGACCAGAAUGUAAAAGUAUUUUGAGUUCUUAGAUAAUAACAUCGGAUCAAACGAAAAUCUAUGACGACUAUAUAUACAUAUGCCGCUCGUAAUCUGACCAAACUCUGGAAAAUGUAUUAGGACAAUACAAAGUGUAGAAUAAUACCUCGAAGUAAAGAAAAAUGCUCAAGGUAGCACUCAGCUUUAUAAAUCAAACAAUUUUAUGACUGUUUAAUAUAAAAUAAAUUAUAUAAACCUUGCAGCUGUCUCCAAUUAUUAUUAUUUUGUGCUUUUCAUUUUUCAAUCCCCUUUUUCGAAUCAUUAGCAAACUAAAGCUUGUCAUAUUCGACCAUCUGUGCACAGUGAGAUAAAAAUUACCAAGACCAAUUUCUAAGUAGCAGAAAUAGUAUCCGUAUCAGUUUGUGAAACAACAUAGUAUAAGUAUUUUAAAACUAAGGGUCUCCUUCCUUCUAGUCAAAAAAGUUGGUGAAGCCUAGUGGGCCCUUCUGGAGAGAAACAGGCCACAUCAAAGCACAGCACAACUACCAGGGCUAGAAUAGUUGUUUCUGCAAUCCUUUGGAGUUUGCCCAAUGACGAGCAACUCCAUAUGAUAGAUGCACCACUUUCGAGAAACUUUUUUGUCGUUUUCCAUUCCAAAUGUAGUUGUGCUAUGUUUAUCUGUGGAGUUCGUAAUCAGUUGAUGGGUAUAGGUAAGAGUGGGUGAUUAGCCCGAUCUCCACCACCCGGGUUACCGCUCACGUUAGUUCAUGAGUCAUUCGUCUCAUUAUCCAGGAGGCACGACGCGGACGUGUGAGUCGGAUUUUGCCGAAGGGAAAACAAUGAAUGAGUGGAUCUGAAUCCCUGCGACCGAUUCAGGGUUAUGUCACUUAGCUUAUCCAACUACUGGUUGUGAUAGUCCUGCGGACCCUAACCAUAUAGUCUGCAGCUACCUACACUGCUCAUUUCAACAGUUAGUGACUUCAUGGACCGACGUCACAUCUUGGUUUGGUCGCUCCCUAACUUUCUUACAACUUACUCCUGGAUCAGUUAACAUUCCACCUGGUUAGGCCUACGUAACAGAUGUUCAAAAUGCCUCAUUAGACAAAGAUUCACAAUCUCAUCAGCUAACCAGCACCCUUUGUUUAACCUUAGUAUUGCUUACCCGACAUUCACAGUGCAAUUCAAAUAAUAGUACCCUACCAUUACUGUCCAUUUUUAAAGACCAUGUUUCACAAACAUGCGAACUAUGAUUUCGAAUCAUAUAGAAACUCUUUUGUAAUUUAUCCUACCAGACUGUCGAAAGCUUAUAAAAUAUAUCAGUUACUUUAUCAUUAUAAAUAUCUUGUUAUUAAAAGGUUUUAUUCUCAAUAUAAUUUCGUUGUCACGUAAAAUAUAUACAUAUAUCAUAUCUGAAGAUAUGGAUUUUUGUUUUAACAGUCAUGUUGUUAUUGUAUUUUCUAAUCAAUAUAUUCAACGCGAGAAAAAAAGAAAGUGAAAAUACUACAUAUAUCCGUAAGGUGUGUAUUUCAAAAUGAAUUAGAAAUCGCGUGAUAUUCUUCUUUUCACAAGGUACAUAGUGUUAGCACGUGAUUGUUCAGUGAUAUUGAGAUCACGAAUCAAUCUUAGUUAAGCAAUCAUUGAAAACCUGGAAGCGCUAAACAGAUAAGUAAUAAAUUUGUUUAUAAAAAUUUACACUAAAAGUGCCUCCUUCACGUGGAUUUGUCCAUCAUAUCUGAUUGCCUGAACUAUACAUGGAUCAUUCAGUAUGUUGAGAUUAUUCUUAUACAAAGCAUUUGUUCGAUUAGCAAUAUAAUUUACUUAGUUGGACCAAUGUCAAAUUCUUACAACCUAAGAUCGUUACCUAAGCUGGCUCAGAUUGAAUGUCUUAUUUGUUUGUCUUUUUUAAGUCAAUGGUAAUAUCAACAUAUUAGGCUUACUGAUAAGAGGACUUUAAAACAACCGUGACUAAUUUUAGCCAGCUAUUGGUCAGUAAAAAAGCAGUUAUUCUAAAUCAGUACUUCAUGGAAGCAAACCAAUCACAUUACACAAUACAAACAUAUCUUACAUAGUGAAUCCACUGAAAUCUUCUAUACCUUUUUUCUGUAAAUUGAAAAACAAUGACACCUAACACUGCUCUUAUGGAUAUAAAAGAUCCGUCAUCUCGAACCGUUGUAAGGCAAAUAGAUUCUUAUAAGUCUGUUCUUGUUUAUAGAUUUGGGGUUUUAUAUUUAAAAUUAGGAUCCAGGAGUAUUGCUGAUUUGUGUUGUAUAUCCAAUCUGGGUUUAGUAUUUUACUCUAUCAUGGCUAAUAAAUAAUUCUCCAUGAUCAUUUUGAAUGUCCCAAGCAAUCUACAAAGGUAUUUCUACUGUUCAUAUAAUAUAACGUGAAUUGAACACCACUUGUUUUUAGAUUUCACUUCAAAGUUAUUUUCUCAAUUCUUAUUGGCUCGUUUCUAUACUGUACUUUUAAUGCCUUUUUCUACGUUUUUACUUUCAAUUAUUAUAAAAUCAUUAAUUCAUUGUUUAAGAUAAUUUAGUUUAAUGGAGUAAUAGGAAUAAUAACUUUAGGUUUAACAGCUGAAUGGCAACCUGUUAAAACAAUAUAUCGAUCAGUUGUGCUGAUCUUAUUUCUGAUUUGUGUUGAUUGUCAUGUAACUGACAACAGUAUUUAGGUAAAGUUAACGUUUUUAUUUCUGUAUAAAAAAAUAUUUUCUAUGAUUAUAUGUAUAUAUUUGUCAGAACACAUUUGGAUUUCAUUCUACUAUUGUGAUCAUUUCUACUUAAGCGUAGGAUUUUUACUUUAUAUGGUUUGAUCUUAUUAGUCAGUCUUAAGCAACAUAGAAAAUUUUCUGUUCUAUUCUAUGUCCAUUAACUGAUCAUUGAGUAAGUCAUCAAUGUCAUGUUUGCCUUAUCCUUUAGUGCUGAUCCUAUUCCAUUAAUCAAGUAGCAGUGUGGUUACUAAUAUGUGUUUCGAGAUCAUGUGCAUUAUAUUGAGUUGUUCUUAAAUAGUUGACAAGAUACCUUGGAACUUGGCUUCUUGCUUUACGUCACUCGUCAACAAGCAGUAUCUAACAUCUUGUGUGAACUAAUACUCUCUAUGUUGUUAUUUUUGUAACUCAUGUUAGAAAAUUUGUAUCUAACGUAUGCUCCUAGUGAAAGUAAAAUAUACUGGCUGCCUUGAAUUAGCCCAUCAGAGUUAGGAUAGCGCCUCGUAUUUUGCUCAAAGUUUGAAAUGCAGUGAUGAGUAACGCGUAUGUUAUUAUUCACCAGGUGUAAAUCGACAGUACUUGAUCCUUAAAGUGCUUGAAAUCAAUGUAAUUAUCUAUUAUCCAACCAAAAAGUGGAUUUUAAAUAGUGUUUAGGCUAAAUUACAUAACCUGCCUGCUCUUAAAGCACGUGUUGUUCACCGCGUAAUCGAGUGUUGAAUGAGGCUAGAUAAUCUCCUGCCUUCCUUACUCUCAAUCUAAACCGCAACCCUAAGUUUCUGAAGUUUGUAAACAGGAAGGUGACAAGGCUUUAAACUAUUACUGAUGUCAGUUCUUGUUGCAAACCUAACUCAAAGCUGCAGUUAAACUCUUUAUACCUAACCUUAACCGCACCGCAUCAUAACUGAUGUCAGUGGGUGACUGAAACUUUACGAUAUAGUCCUAACUCAACGCUAGUCCAACACCGAAUAUGAACGUAUAUACGUAAAAUUGACCUUUAUUCUUUGAUACGAGCGAUAAUUUAACUUGUGAAGAUUAACUGUCACGAUCAAAGCUGUUACUCCACUGUUAUUUCAUUACUUUAUUUUGUUAACUGUUUUAUAACUAGGCAGCGUUUCCCAAAUGGCUAAUUAGUCGCCAAAAGUUUUCCAGUAUAUUAUGCCUUUACCACGUUUCCCUUAAAAGAGAAUGCCAUUUCAAAUGGAACGUGUUGAAGCUUGUAAUCCUGCUUUUUAAUAUUUUAGACAGAAGACCAAAAUCCAACAAAUGUCUUGUCAGAUUUUGAAGAAAUGACAUCUGGUUUAUCAUCAGUUGUGAUACUUGCAGAUGAAAUGGAAAAUGAUGAAAUGACAACUGCAAAAGCAUUUACAACAGAUAAAUCAACCGUCCAUUCUUCUGAAAGGUCUACUAUUGAAUAUAAGGCAUCAAUUUCUGGUAAUGUAUCCUACUUUUGAAAAUCAUAUUAUCUUUAUUCAUAGUUAUAUCUUAACAGGUUAUUUUGUUCGUUCCAUUUUUCGCAAUUCUUCAACGCUUAGACUAAAUUAACUAAGUUUAAGAACGACAGGUUGUUGCUCGAUGGUUGAUGUAGAAGUUGGUCCAAAAUAUUAACGAGUGGCUGAACCAAACCAAGAUUUUUAGGGUAGCUCAGUAAUUAAGGUUUUUGAAUUUCAACCAAUACGUAAAUGGUUUGUGUCUUACUCUGUCCAUUUUGGUUUAAGCAGUCGAGGGUAUAAUCAGUAUCCCUCAUACUUAGAAUGUAACUCAAAGCGAACUACACGAACUUGUACACUUGGUAAAUGAGUCUUGGAAAAAUUUUUCCAUAUAUUUUGUCUGUAAUAUUUGUAAUUUCAGAUGAUGAAGCUUGGAGUGAUUCCGAAAAUGAACGUAAAAAUUACUCACUGGAUAAAACCAAUAAGAAGUCCACUGAAACUAAUAAUAAUAAAGACAAGGCCGUCACAAUUAAGAAUUCUGAGCUACAGUUAACUGAUGAGAUUGAUGAUUGGGAGAAUUGGUCAUAAAAAUAUAAUUAAUCCCAUAAUUAUUACAUUGCUUGUUAGUUGCAGUGAUUCAUACUAUUAUUAACUAAUUUUGUUGUUUCUUUUUAUUGUAAACUGACAUUAAUCUGUGUGAUAGAUAACAAUAAUGACUAUAGUAAUUAAUUAAAAAGCCAAUAAAAUAAUGUGAAGAGUCCGUUCUUUAUCACAAGAAAACUGACAACAAAAUAGCCUAAAACGACCCAUUAUUUUUAUGAAGCAUGUGUACAACUCUGUAAUAGAUGAUGAUAAUGAUGUUUACGCUUACUAUAUUUUAUAGAAAUCUUGUUUAUUUUUUCAAUUGUACCUUUCUAUAUCUAACCAUAUGAAUGAUGACUUUUUUUAUUUCUCAAACUUUGUCGUCUGCCAAAAGUUAUUGAUUUUGAAUUUAUUUUAUUAUUUUAGUGGUUGUAGUAAAUUGUCACUUUAUCGAGCUAUUACACCGUCAUCAUCAUAGUACUUAGAUGUCAUGAUUUUAUCCUUUGAGAAAUCUAUUUCAUCGAUCAAUUCUUUUUUUUUCAAAAAUAAAUUCUUUCUUACAAGCGAUUGAAAAUUAUUACAAAGAACAAUUGUUUGUUAAAUAGAAGUGUGGUUGGUCGGUUGAUGCACUGUCAACUAUAUAUAUAUAUAUAUAUAUAUAUAUAUAUCGCCUUGCACAGUGUUGCACGUGGAUGUAGCGAUCACUUCUAUUAUAUGAAUAAAUUCAACAAUACACAGACAUUUACACUAAUAUUUUUCGACAGUAAAAUUGUUCAGAAAGGAAAAAUAGUUUAAAGGAAUAAAAUUGUGUUCU